AUGCCGGAACAAAUUAUUCCAGCGUUUUUACAUCAAUAUGCUGAAGAACAGGUUACAACUAUCUCAAAAAAAAGGCAUAUUGAUUCAUCUCAAACAAGAAUAGAUAAAUUUUAUGAGUCUGAUAAGAUUGAUAAUGCUAAACAAGUAUUAUGCAAUAAAGCUGUUGCAAAAUUCUUUAUUUGUUGUGGCGUGGCAUUUCAUUUAGUCUCACAUCCUUUCUUUAUUGAUAUGGUUAAAAGUCUAUGUAAUGAAUAUGAGCCACCAUGUCCAAAUACUUUAUCCAAUAUGUUUAUGAAUGACGAACUUACUGAAAUAAUUGUUGAUCAACAACUUACAUUAGAUAAAGAAUCAGAUUUAACAUUAGAAUCCCAUACAACAACAUUUUUAGCUGAGAAAAUUAAUGAAGUAAUUACAGAUAUUGGGCCUGAAAAAUUCUCCGCUAUUGUUUCUGAUUAUGCUGCUGCUUGUGCAUCCGCUAAACGAAUCAUUUCUGAUACACAUAAGCACAUCAUUCCUAUAUGA